AUAGCUAGUCUUUCUGGUUUGCUUCUUCUUCUUCUUCUUCUCGGACGCGAGCGAAUUGAGCUUGUGUGAUCCUGGAUCUCGCUGGAAAUGGAGGGAAUGAAGCAUUGGCAAAGCAAGGAUGCGACAAUAGGGUCGGUGUCGGGUCCAUUCCAGACCGAGAUCCUCGUCUGCCAACGGACGGACAACAUAGUUAACUCGCAGGGGGUCUGGUACUCCAAUCCAUUCAACUCCGCCAUGCCCGUCCUGAUGUUCCAGAUCAUCUUGGUCUUCUUCGCUGCCCGGAUUCUCUUCCUCUUCCUCAAACCUCUCCGUCCGAGUCUCACCAUCGCCUACAUUCUGGCAGGUAUAGUAAUCGGUCCCUCCGUCUUAGGCCACAACCGCAGAUACCUGGCCGAGGUAUUCCCUCCGGGAGGCAUAACCAUUCUCAUGACGUUUUCCGAACUAGGGUUCCUGAUCCACCUCUUCACGAUCGGCGUGCAAAUUGACACCGGCAUCCUGCGGAGGGCCAGGAAGAGAGAGCUCCUGAUCGGGACCAUGUGCUUCCUCUCGCCUUACGCGGUCGCCUAUCUCUCCUACUUUGCCCUCAAGGGCUUGGUCGACUUGGACGGCUCGUUGAGGUACUCUGUCCCCUACAUCGCCAUCGUCAACUCCCUCUCCUCUUUCCCCGUCAUCACGUCGCUCCUCACUGACCUUCGGAUCCUCAACUCGGACCUCGGACGGUUCGCCGCGCACGUGUCGCUGGUGUGUGACUCGUGGACGUGGGCCUUGUCUCUGCUGUCGAAUGCUGCCGGCGUGGCCUUCCGGCACUCCAAGUCAGAGUCACUGUGGUCAAUAUUCAGCACACUCAUGUUCAUCUCUCUCAUCGUCUUCAUCGUUCGCCCCGUGACGAAGUGGUCAAUCCAAUGCGCAGAGGAUGGAAAAGAGGAGGAGGUCCAUUUCUUUGAGAUUAUGGUGAUCUUGCUGGGGUGUGCGCUGCUGUCGGAGACCGUGGGCCAGCACUCCGGCUUCGGAGCAUUCUUGAUGGGCUUGGCUUUGCCGCACGGACCGCCCUUGGGGACGACCUUGGUCCAGAAGCUAGAGACAGUCUCGAACAGCCUGCUGGUGCCAAUGUUCCUGGCCGUGAGCGGGGUGCGGACGGACAUAUCGAGCGUGGUCGCGGCGUCAUCCGGGUACACGCAGGUGAUAAUAAUGAUGGGCUACGUGGGGAAGUUCUCAGGGACGCUCGUGACCGCCAUCGGCUGCGGCACGCCGUUCUGGGACGCGGUCCCUCUCAGCCUCAUCAUGUGCUGCAAAGGCAUCAUUGAGGUCGCUAUUUAUGUCAUGUGGUAUGACAGAAAGAUCAUAGAUCAACAAGUCUACGCUCAGCUGGUGCUCACCAUGGUGAUCGUGACUACGUUGGUGAGGCCCAUCGUCGCUUAUUUAUAUGAUCCAUCCAGCAAAUACACGAUCAAUGGACGAAGAACCCUCCCGCAAUCGAAGGAAGGCGUCAAGGUCCAGAUCCUCGUUUGCAUCCACAACGAAGACAGUGUCCCCACCGUCAUGAAUCUCCUCGAAGCCUCCAACCCCGCCCCUCACAGCCCCAUCUCCGUCUUCGUCCUCCACCUCAAGGAGCUCAGGGGCCGGUGCGCCUCCGUCCUCGUCCCCCACCACCACCUCGACAAGGCCGCCUCCAAGGCGUCCGGGUCCGACCACGUCGUCAACGCGUUCACCAACUACGCGCAGCGCAACCAUGGGAGCGCCGUGGUGCAGCACUUCACCGCCAUCUCGCCCUACGAGAGCAUGCACGACGACGUGUGCGCCCUCGCGCUCGACAAGCGGACCCAUCUCAUCAUCGUGCCCUUCCACAGGACGUGGGCCAUCGACGGGUCCGUCGGGUCCACCAACCGCGCCCUCCGCAACGUGAACAUGAAUGUGAUGGGCAAGGCGCCCUGCUCCAUUGGGGUCCUCAUCGAUCGGGGCCCGCUGGCGAGCGCCCCGCACGCGGCGGCCGGCGAGGCCACGCCGUACCGAGUUUUCGUGCUCUUCUUGGGGGGCGCAGACGACCGGGAGGCGCUCACCUACAGCCUGCGAAUGGCCGACCACCCGUGGGUCAGCCUCACCAUAGUUUGGGUCAAGAGUAGAGAGCACGAGAACGAGGGCGAGAGCCAGUUUGACAAAGAAGCGAUGGGUGACUUCCGGGCCAAGGUGGGCAACAAUAGGAAGGUGAAGUGCGUCGAGGAAAUGACAAGAGACGGGGUCGGCACCAUCCAGGCGAUCCGCUCGGUCGAGACCGCGGUCGACCUGUUGAUAGUGGGCAAGCACCACGACCCGUCGUCGCCGCUCAUCUCGGGCUUGACGGAGUGGAGCGAGUACCCCGAGUUGGGAGUCAUCGGUGACCUGCUCGCCACUUCCGAUUUCAGGUUCUCGGUUUUGGUAGUGCAGCGAGAGCCCACGGCGGAAAGAUCACUGCCCUUUACUGAGCUUAUGGAUCAGUAGGUAGGUCGUAGAGAUCGUCGGUGGCGACUCCGUUUGUCGGAGCGUGAAAAUUGAACGAUCGAUCGCGAGCACCUCCGGCGAGAGACGCUUUGUUUCUCUCUUGGUUUCGUAAUGCAUAGUACGAGGAGAUUAGGUACAUUUUGGACAUAUAAUCAUGAUUGAAGAAUGUAUGUAUAUAUUAUGGAUGGUUGGACAAAAUUCCAAAACCGAAUGUAUAUGUGUAGAUUGUUCGGUUCGGCGAAA